AUUUGUAUUUGCUCCUCCACUGGCCCCUAGUUUGCAUGAAGCUGCCAGCUGGGCCGUUCAGUGAACGCACCUCCCUCUUCCUGAGUGGCUUUUCCACUUGUUUUGUGCAGCAACACUGAAAGGGAGCGUCUGCUGGUUGAGUUUAAUCGGCCUCAGCCCAGUCCCCGGGUCAGGACCUUCAGUGCGCACAGGAGCAGGGGCUUCGCUUAGGAUUUAGACCACCUCCGCUGCAAAGAGCACAUUAGGAAGAAGCAAAGCAGCAGCAGCAGCGUUUCUCACGGACUGGUCUCCACAGCAGGGCGGGGGGUGGGUGUUUUUUUAAUUUUUUUAAGAGGGUUCCUCUCAUUCACACAUAAUCUUCCUCGGCAGCAUCCUGAGGAGGCUUUCUAGUUAUUUCCACAGUAAACCAGCAACAGGUUGAGCAGCAGCAGCAGCGUGAAUGCGAGUGAAGCCGAACAUGCCGAGCAAAAGCCAGUAUCUGCGCCCCCGGCUGUGCACGCUGGAGAAGGGGGACAACGGCUACGGCUUUCACCUCCACGGGGAGAAAGGUAAGACGGGCCAGUUCAUCCGGUUAGUGGAGCCCGACAGCCCGGCAGAGACCUCCGGGCUCCGUGCUGGCGACCGGCUGGUGUACGUGAACGGGGAGGACGUGGAGAACGAGAGCCACCAGCAGGUCGUGUCCCGGAUACGAGCCACCGUGGGCUGGCUGGAGCUCAUAGUGGUGGACCCGGACACGGAGCAGCUGCUGAAGAAGCACAACUUGAAGUGCCUGAAAGCUUUUGUCACCGACGGAGUCCCCCUACCCUUCGAGGAGGAAGAAGUGGAGGAGGUGGUAGUGGUGGAAAAGGAGGAGGAGAAGACUGAGGAGGACGAGGUAGUGGUGGAGGAGAAGCAGGCGGAUGGAGAAGUGAACGGGACAGAAAACGGAGAUGAGCCGCGAGAAGAAGAGGUGGUGGAGGAGGUGAAGCAGGAGGAGACACCUGAGGAAACGACACCUGAGGAGACGACACCAGAGGAGACACCUGAAGAGACGCCCAGAGAGUCCACGCCGAUCCCAGAGACUAACGGGCAAAUCCACGGACACGUGGAGAAGAAGCUGAGCAUCAGCUCUGAGAAGGAGCAAGAGGUGCGCGCUGAACUGCGGCCACGUCUCUGCGUGAUCCAGCGAGGCACCAGCGGAUAUGGCUUCAACCUGCACAGUGAGCGGGCGCGGCCGGGACAGUACAUCAGAGCUGUGGAUGAAGACUCUCCAGCAGAAAGGGCAGGCCUGCUGCCCAAAGACAGGAUCGUAGAGGUGAACAGUAUGUCGGUGGAGGGUAAGACGCAUUCAGAUGUUGUUGCUGCCAUUAAAGCCGGCGGGCACGAGACCCGGCUGCUGGUGGUGGACCCCGAAACAGACGCCUUCUUCAAGAGGUGCCGGGUCACCCCCACCUCUGAGCACCUGACUGGUCCGCUGCCAGAGCCCAUCGUUAACGGAGGGAUGGAGGAGAAGGUGAACGGCAGCGUGGCGAAAGAAGCGACGAGGGAUUCGAAGGUGUCCGUCAGCCCCUCCCCGUCCAACGCCUCGUCUAACGCCUCGCUCACAACCCCGCCCGCGAACACCCCGCCUGAGGGAGCAAUCACAGACACCAUCCCGGCUCUGAACCUGACGCUGCAGCAGGUCAAAGAGCUCGCCCACCAGAAACGCUCCAACAAGAGAGCCCCGCCCAUGGACUGGACCAAGAAAAACGAACUCUUCAGCAACCUAUAGGGCCUCACCUGAGACAGACACACACACACACACACACACAAAGCAAUCAGACAGAUUUUUUAAAAAUUAUUAUUAUUAUUAUUAUCUUAAAGAAAAGUUCCAGCCUUUGUGUAAAUUAUUCCUUUUAUUAUGCUCUUCAUGCUAUUAUAACCCAGAUAUUAUGCUAUAAAAUGUCCUACUACCAAGAAAAGUGCAUAUGCCAAUGAGAGAGAACUGCAUGUGCAACCAUGGCCAUGUGUGUAUGCGGGCGUAGGUUUUUCUGAGCUUGUGUGGAUCCAAGAAGGAGCGCUAAGAUUCCUUAUCCGCCUUUUAAAAGUUUAUACUAAUGUUUAAAACACUGAAGUGUCUUCUGAUAAAACAGCGCGACAAUCAAUACAUUUCUCUCUGUUUUCGGGAGCAAACCUCUGGCAGUAGACAGAGUUGAACUGCUUUUCAUGUCCUUAAUUUCACUGGGUUUCUUUUCUUUUAGCGGAUAUCACCAUAGAGCUCUUUCUUCUCUAAUUAUUUCUUACAUUUUGGGAAAUGCUUACUGAUGCCUUUUAAAACUGGAAAUCGCUGUAUUUUGAAGUGUGUUCUAUUAUAAUAUAUGUACAUACAUCAUAUAUCAUGUAUAUUUUUUACGCAUAUGACUUAAUCCACACCGUAACGAACUCAACUUUAACCCUUUGCAACAGUGUCGUCCUGCCACUCAACGAUACCCGCGUUAUCUUUUAUAAAAUGUGAACUGCAGCAUAUUAUUAGUGUAACUUAUACCGCCCCUAUAACCAUUAUUGUUACUGUGAAUGACUGCUCACACAGUUCACAUUUUUAGCAUACUGAAUAUUUUUAUUGGAAAUUAGAAAUUGUGAGGUUUUUUUUGUUUUUGUUUUUUACUUAUUUCUGUGUAAAGAGCUAUAAUUGUGUAGGAUUUGGAUGAUGUUCAUAAGAGGGGAGUGGCUGCGUGUCUUUUAAACUAUAUGCAUUUGUCCAGUAUUGAUAAAGGCUAUCAUUUUAAUGACUGAAUUAUAUGAAGAGUUUUUGUAGUUUGUGUAAGCAGUAAGAGAUUUCUAUUCUGUAAUGCGUCGAUCAUCUCAGCGUUAUCCUGGUCUUUGAGAAUAAAUAAAAGUACUAUACACUG